ACGGCAGUAUGUUAUGUCCCCCCCGUGGCCCGGGUCGGGCUUGUGACGUCGAGUUGGAGACGAGGACGGCCGAGGUUAACCGAAUCCGACAACUUCACAUCGUCGCAUUCGCAUUCUCUAGAGGUGCCCUGGUUGCCUACCUAGGUGUAGUCUUCCGAUUUUUCUGUCCCUUUCCUUUCAGUCUCUCUCAGUCACAGUGUCUGCUUUGUUUACUUUCGCCGUGACGAUCUCGCAAAAUGCUUGCUAGAACCCUCGUCCAGAAGCUGCCCAUGGGCGCUCGCGCCUUCAGCUCGACAUGCGCCCGCAACGCUGCCGAGGUCAAGAGGCUCGGUGUCGUUGGCGCCGGCCAGAUGGGCCUGGGCAUCGCCCUCGUCGCCGCCACCAAGGCCAGAGUCCCCGUCACCCUUGUGGAUGCCUCUGAAACGUCUCUAGACAAGGGCCUUGCAUUCGCCGACAAGCUCCUCAGCAAGGAUGUGGCCAAGCAACGCAUCACUCAGGAUGAGGCGGACGCCGCCCGCGCGCUCCUCCAGCCCACCACCAUCCUCGAGGACCUGGACAGCGUCGAUUUUGUGAUUGAAGCUGUGCCUGAGAUUCCCAAGCUCAAGUUCGACAUCUUCUCCAAGCUGGCCGAGAUCUGCCCUAAGCACGCCAUCUUAGCCACCAACACCUCUUCCAUCUCCAUCACGCGCAUCGCCGCCUCAACCACCAAGGACCCCAACGACACCUCCAACAGCUCGCGCGUCGUGUCCACGCACUUCAUGAACCCCGUGCCCGUUCAGAAGGGAGUCGAGAUCAUCAGCGGUCUGCAGACCAGUCAGGAGACGCUUGACACGGCCGUCGAGUUUUGCAAGAAGCUGGGCAAGAUCCCUUCCAUCUCCAAGGACAGCCCGGGAUUCUUGGCUAACCGCAUCUUGAUGCCUUACAUCAAUGAGGCCAUUAUCUGCCUGGAGACUGGCGUUGGCGACCGUGACUCUAUCGAUGCUAUUAUGAAGAACGGCACCAACGUGCCUAUGGGCCCCCUCCAGCUGGCUGACUUUAUCGGUCUCGAUACCUGUUUGGCUAUUAUGAAAGUAUUGUACGAGGAGACGAGCGAUUCCAAGUAUAGGCCGAGCGUGCACUUGCGCAACAUGGUCGAUGCUGGCUGGUUGGGCAAGAAGAGUGGCAAGGGCUUCUAUGACUACCAAUAGAUGUCUGACGAGAAUAUGCGAAGGGGAGUGUGUGUUAGCAAGGAAUGGGCGACAUGAAUUGAAGAGAGGCGUGUUUUUUGAACAUCUUCGAUGGACUCCGGGGAAUGGGUACCAUCUAUACCAAGCGAUGUCAGCACGCACAGCCAAACGAGGACAUAUGUACACAAUACAACAGGACCGGGAACGGCACCAGGUAGAGAAGCUCACUCGAGACACUCGAGAGUUGACCAGCAAGAGGCUGCGUUUCAGCUACGAGCGUUCUGAUAGACGUUGGGAUAUAUAAAGCACGUCAAUUUGGAUAGGAUAAUGCAUCACUUUUGUCAGAUUUUCAAUACUUGUUCCAGCAUCGCCAAAUCCUACCAAGGUCCUUCACCAAGGAUCAAGCAACAUUCGUCGCUUCCGCAAUGCGAUCCCUCAGUCGUCGCCUCUCGUACUAAUGAAUGCUCGCGAUCGCCAUCCCAAGCGUGCGCAAAGCAGCGCAGCAUCGCUGUUCGCCGACAAAAAACGAUAUUCAUCCUCAUUCCAAAUCUUGUUUUCAGCGCGGAUCAGCGAUAUAGGCCAAUAUAAC